UUCAAGGUCGACCAACGAUGUUUAAGAAUGGCACAAGUUUUAAGAAUUUCCUGUUGUAGACAGAUUCACUGGACGAACCAUAAUGCAGCGGGGGGUUUAUUCAGAGCUCGGUAACUUUGCUUAGCAUUCUCUAUAUAAAUUUAAAGGCGUCGACUACCUCCUAGUAAUAAUGAAUGGGGACCUUUGACAGACAUACCCGAUUAUGUCAUAAUAGGAAAACCAAACCCCGAUUUACAAGUGUAGGUCAAAAACGACGUGCAAUCAAUCAGUUUAACUUUGCAAGUGAAGUAAUACGGUUAACAUCUGAAAUGAAGCGAACUCAGGAGAAAUACAAACAGGAAAAGGAAUUGGAGGAAAAGAUUGAAGAGACUCUGAAGGGGAAAUGCCUUCAACCAAAAGGAACGAAAGAAGUAUAGAGAACGUUUGUUUUAAAAUGGAAUGUAAAUAUAUACGAUACGUAGCUGCACCCUGUGUUUUGGUAUUUCUAUCUCUUUUGGGUUAAGGAAUCAGAUGAAUCCCUGUCGAAUAAGAGGUGAGAGAUUAGGAGAAUUUUUUUAUUAGAUUGCGAUACUUUGUGUGGAGACGUUACCAUUUGUUUGAUUCUAAAUCAUUCGGAGUUGUUAACAGUGUUGUGUGCUUCAGUGGGCUAAGUAAAAAUGUGAUGCGAAACGAAUAGUUUCACAGCAAUGCCCUCAGUACUGCAUUGCCAUACAGGGUUUGCAGUCCUUUUUAGGUCCAACUCAAAUAAGCUGCACAAUACAAAUCAAAGCCGUGGCCACAUAUAUUCAUGUCAAUACUCUCUCUACUCAACUAUAGAACUUAGUUCAGUACAGUACACUGGUUAGUUAGCAUCCAAAUAUCUGCUUCCACUAAAAGUAUUAAGGUUCAUGCUAAAAGCUCAAAUUUCACUAACCCAAUCACGAUGAAUUACGCAAAAUCCUAUUGUAGUCAGUGCAUUCAAAUGGCUGUAAAUGUCACACCUUACAAUUGUAGAAUAUUUAGUUCAAUGUGUACUGAAAACAGUUCAUUGGUGUGUAGUUGGCCAACUGAUUUGAGCAGAAAACCACUGCAUGCUUCCGCACUUCAGAGGAGCACAUGAAAUUAAGAGAAACAAGUAUGUAUGGACGAGAAUGUAGUAAAACGAAAAUAGUUAAGUAAAGGUUACAGAACAUGUUUUAGAAUCUAGGGUGAUACAAACGGCGAAUAUUUCUGCACCAUUUCAGAUAGCUUUAAAUCAUUUCACGUUUAAUAACCAGUGAUUAAAUCUGAGCAUCGUGAGAAAAUGAACCAGGCAACCUAUGUGGUUCACACCAAUAGCCAAUGACUUCAUAUAUUGGUGCCACCUCUUAGUCUAACUCUUUUGGAAACUAAUAAUGCAUUUAGUGUGUCUCCUCCAGGGAGAUGUUCAGUUGCACGGGAAUUUACUGUCUGCC